AUGAUGUCAAACGUGAUGCUGAUGCUACAGUUACAGACACAGCCCCCGCUGGCGCAGCCUCUCUGAUUCUCUCUCUCUCUCUGCCCCCCCCCCCCCCCCGCGCGUCCAGCGCUGGGCUUUUUCAGACAAGUGCAUCUGCUAACCAGGUCACAUUUCAGCCACGACCCACCCUCCGUCAGUCACUGGAGUCAGACCGCAGGAGGAGGGCUGAGGAGGACCGCAGCGCCUCGCCAGCGGCGCGGUGGAGGGAAGGACAUCAAAUCCUGCAGAAGUCGAGACUCCCCCAGAUCCCAGCCCAGACCACGAUGACCGCUCCGGGCUACGGGCGGCUGGCGCUGCCGCUGCUGUUUCUCGCAGUGGUCGCCCUGGCUGAAGGGGACGCCAAGGGGCUCAAGGAGGGCGAGACCCCUGGCAAUUUCAUGGAGGACGAGCAAUGGCUGGCGUCCAUCUCGCAGUACAGCGGCAAGAUUAAGCACUGGAACCGCUUCCGAGACGAAGUCGAAGAUGACUACAUCAAGAGCUGGGAGGACAAUCAGCAAGGAGAUGAAGCCCUGGACACCACCAAGGACCCCUGCCAGAAGGUAAAGUGCAGUCGUCACAAAGUGUGCAUCGCCCAGGGCUACCAGCGGGCCAUGUGCAUCAGCCGCAAGAAGCUGGAGCACAGGAUCAAACAGCCAUCUCUGAAACUCCAUGGAAACAGAGACUCUGCCUGCAAGCCCUGUCACAUGGCCCAGCUCGCUUCAGUCUGUGGCUCUGAUGGACACACCUACAGUUCAGUGUGUAAGCUGGAACAGCAGGCGUGUCUGAGCAGCAAGCAGCUGGCAGUGAGAUGUGAGGGCCCCUGUCCCUGUCCCACGGAGCAGGCUACUACGUCCACCACCGAUGGCAAGUCAGAGACCUGCACAGGACAGGACCUGGCUGACCUGGGGGAUAGACUCCGUGACUGGUUCCAGCUCCUUCGUGAGAACUCCAAGCAGAAUGGCUCAGCCAGCAGUGCACCCAGUCCUGCAGGGCUGGACAAGAACCUGGGGGCCAGUUGCAAGGACUCCAUCGGCUGGAUGUUCUCCAAGCUGGACACCAGUGGAGACCUCUUCUUGGACCAGACAGAACUGGCUGCCAUCAACCUGGACAAGUACGAGGUCUGCAUCCGCCCCUUCUUCAACUCCUGCGAUACCUACAAAGAUGGCCGUGUCUCUACUGCCGAGUGGUGUUUCUGCUUCUGGAGGGAGAAGCCCCCCUGCCUGGCAGAGCUGGAGCGCAUACAGAUCCAGGAGGCAGCCAAGAAGAAGCCAGGUGUCUUCAUCCCGAGCUGUGAUGAGGACGGUUAUUACCGGAAGAUGCAGUGUGACCAGGGCAGUGGUGACUGCUGGUGCGUGGACCAGAUGGGCCUGGAGCUGACCGGCACACGCAUGCAUGGGAACCCUGACUGUGAUGACAUCGUGGGCUUCUCAGGGGACUUUGGAAGCGGCGUCGGCUGGGAGGAUGAGGAGGAAAAGGAGACAGAAGAGGCAGGAGAGGAGGCCGAGGAGGAGGAGGGUGAGGCUGGUGAGGCAGACGACGGAGGCUACAUCUGGUAGAUGGCCCUCAAGGGCCUCGGCAGGCCAGGGUGCCGACGGCCGGAGAGACAGGCCGGAAGAGACCUGGACGAUGGCAGGCGAACUUAGCAAAUGGAUCCGGAAGUCAGUGCGAAGGACCCUGGCUCCAGCAGGGAGGAUUGAAGUAGAGAGUGUGGCAUGUGUGACUGGUGCGUGUGUAUGCCAUGUGCGUGUAUCAUGUGCUGACAGAUGUGUCCUUGAUCCAUGCUGCUGCUCCUGGCAGUGAGUCACCCAAAGGCCCCUUCCUCAUAGUUAUUUUCUUUUCCUUUGUUGUGGGUCUCGAAAAGCGCACGUUCACCCACACGUACACACGAACAGGCCAAAAUCCAUGAAAGGAGAUGCCCCCGACCCUGUCCUUCCCUGCUCGAUCAGUUCUCCCUCCCCCUGCCUCCUCCUGCCUUUCUUCUUCCAUCUUCUGAGGUCAAAGAGGGAGGGCAGGAAGCUGUGAGCUGGGCACCCUCCCCAAAUCAGGCUGAUUUGAUGUGAAAGUCCAGCCAUCUUCUGGCGCUGAUGGGCAGGACUCUGCACACAGCGAGACUUACCCUUUUGAUAUCUGAAGUUGCAGAUAUGUCCAGCCACGGACCUUGGACAGCAUAUGGUUAAAGAUGGCUAUCAAUGUGGCCCAACACAAGACUAAACUUAUUUAAGACAGUU